UCCGACCAUCUAACCUUUCGUCUCUACCUCUUCUCGGUCGGUUUCUCCAGUACUCAUCUCUGCCCCGCCUCUCUUUUCUCACCCACCUCUGCUGUUGCCCCACCUCCCAUCAGCGACAUGUGACUAUUCCCUCGGGGGUUCCCAGGUGGUAAAAGGGCUAACCUCUUGGUCCUGGCCUCUGGCCAGUCGCUCUUUUCUGGCCCUCUUUGCGGCUCUUCGGCCUCUCACCUUUUUACGAGUCCCCGGGGUGGGGGGAGGGGGGCCGCCUCUUGGGGAGUUAGCGCCUCUUCAGCACUUUUCGGUUUGUGGGGGGAAGGAGGGACCUCGGGACCCGCCCGGCACCCUCACCCUCUUCCUUUCCCAGGUAAGACUUGUCGGGGAUUUGAGCUAGUCCCGGCCGGGGUCUGGGAGACCCACCUGGUGGGACCAACGGGGGAGGGCAAGGGAUUGUUGCCCCAGGACUCCUGUAAAGUUUGGCUGAGGAAGCAGAGCCAGGGUCUGUGGUCUGAGGGAAACGGUGGGAACCAAGUGUCCAGAAAGCUGGAGGAAAGAAGGAAGAUUGGGGGAGACAAUAUACCAGGUGGAGAAAAAGUUAGGAAGCAGGACUCGUGAGUGUCUACAGGGUGAAGAGGAGGUAGUCUUGCGUGCUCCUCCAGACCUAGCGUGAUCUCCUGCCUUCCUCCUGGGGAGGAGAGGAAGAUCUGGAUAAAGACCCGUGUGACCAAGAAGGGAACUGUGGCUCUGGAGAAGAGUCUGGAUGACACAGGGGUCCCUCGACCAUACAGUCCCCAGCCUGGGUCCUCUCCAGCCCCUCAACUCCACAGGGACCAAAUUCAGCCACCAAAUGCCAUGCUUCACUUUGGUCAGCAGCUUCUGGGGGAUCAGACCCCAGUUCUCACCCAGAGUCUCAAAGAGGGGAGCCAGCCAGCUCCCUGGGAGCCCGGCUAUGAAAGGACAGGGAUUUCUGGAUCUGGUAACUCAAUCUCCUUCAGAACCAUCUGGCAUCCAUCCUUCUGUGCCUUGUUUGAUGCCCAGGGCCAUGACACCCAAUCCCUAGCUCCACCUGAAGUAGAGGGGAAUAGAGAGAGCCCCCAGAGUGAUGAAGGAGGUGGCCACUUGAGCGGACCCCGAAGGAAACUAGGGAUUCCGACAGGCAGAGGUUUCCCAGCUCUCUGCUCAGAAGAUUUCUUUUUCUCUGACCCUCUGUUGCCUUCCAUUACCCGGAUUCCGAUUGGCCUGUCCCAACCUCCCCAACAGAUUCUGAGAAGAUCUAGGCAGCUUCUUGCCCCACCCCCCAUAAUGUCAGUCUGGACACAGCCAAUCCCAGCACGCAUCUUGACUUGGAGGUGUGAUUCAGAGAUAACAGCUGUUACCUGCCUACUUGAGAUGAGCCAAGGAGAGACCGAGUCUACCCCUACUCCAGAGUCCUCCCUAGCCCCACCCACUCCGUAGCCCACCUAGCCAAAGGUGGAUUAUAUCAUCUCAUCCCCAUCCUAUCCCUCUCUGCAAUACUCCUUGAGCAUUGAUGAAGGCUACCUCUUCCCCUUCAUCUCUCAUUGCUAUGUUACAGUAUUGGGAGUGAAUAACAGGGCUCCCUUUUUCUCUCCCCCCCUUUUGCUGUAUUUCGUGUAUUGCUGUGGGGCUGAAUAAAGUGGGUAAUGUGUGCUCAA